CCAUGCAAGGCCGGAUCACGGCACAAGCAUUCAGUUUUGACCAGCAGUUUAAGGCCUACCAAAAGGAUGAAUUUGUUAUGGCAUUUUUUAAUGAUCAAAAUGUGAACUCCAGUUUAAAGUUGCUCUCAGCUUCAGGACAAUGGACUACAUUGGGUUCCAAAGUGACAAAAAUUGAAGCUACGGUGGUGCCCUGUACACAGAUUUCCAUGUCAUUUUUUGAUCGGCUGUACUCUGAAGGAGUUGUUAGAGAAACUGGAGAUAUUGUCAAAUGUUAUGAUGAUUAUUAUGAUGAUAUUCUCAUCUCUGAUGAAUUAAGGAAGGUCUUGCUUUUGGAAGAUUCAGACCAUUAUGACUUAUUCAGCCAAUUGGAUCGCAAGGAAUUUCUGUUCUGUCUUUUUAAGCAUCUUUGCAUUGGAGGAACUCUUUGCCAGUUUGAAGAUGUGAUUGGCCCAUACUUAGAAACUACGAAAGCUUUAUAUAAAGAUUUGGUGAGUGUUCAGAAGAAUCCUGAAACAAAAGAAAUACAUAUUAUUUCUACAGUCUUCAGAGUGUCUGCAUAUGAUGGCAACGGCCUGUGUUACCCUUCGAGCAAAAGCCACGAGCAGACUUUUGCCUACUUGGUCGUGGACCCCUGCAAGCGACAUGUGCACACCCUGUACCACUGUUUUGGUGAAAGCUCAUUUACUGGCUAG